GCCUCCACCACUGAAACAGUCGCGCGUGACUUGGUCUCAGUAUGGUGCUCGACGCUCGCCACAGCUUCAGUCUUCAGUCUCCGACUUUCCAGCCGCACACCAAGUAUCUGUCUUAUUCAAUAACUGCCAAUGGUGGACGGCCCCAAGACCAAGCGCAAGAUCUCGUGGCAGGAGGUGCAGCAGCACUCGUCGUACGACAACGCGUGGAUCGUCAUUCACCACAAGGUGUACGACAUCAGCAAAUGGGACUCGCACCCGGGCGGUAUGGUCAUGCUCUCCCAGGCGGGUGAGGAUGCCACGGAUAUCUUCACGGUGUGCCAUCCGACGAGCUCCUGGAAGCUAUUGGAGCAGUUCUACAUUGGUGACGUGGAUGAGAGUACGGCCACGGUCAACGAGAGCCUCACGGAGGAGCAGAAGGCUAAAAAAGCCAAGGCCGACGAGUUCAUCAGCGCCUACCGCCGUCUGCGCAUCAAGAUCAAGGGCAUGGGGCUCUACGACGCCAGUAUGGUCUUCUAUGCGUGGAAGAUCCUCAGCACGUUCGGUAUCUGGAUGGCUUCAGUCGCUAUCUGCUGGCACUUUGACAGCUGGCCCAUGUACAUGCUCGCGGCGUGUGUCAUGGGUCUCUUCUGGCAGCAAUCGGGCUGGCUGGCACACGACGUGCUGCACCAUCAAGUGUGGGACAACCACAUGAUCGGCAACGUCAUGGGCGUCAUUAUCGGCGAUGUCUGGAUGGGUUUCAGUGUGCAGUGGUGGAAGAACAAGCACAACUUCCACCACGCUGUGCCCAACCUCAUUGGCGACGAAAAGACCAAGUAUUUGGGCGACCCGGACAUCGAUACGAUGCCCCUGUUGGCCUGGAGCAAGCACAUGGCUUCAAAAGCCUAUGAAUCGAGCUGGGGUCCGUUCUUCGUGAGCCACCAGGCUGUCAUCUACUUCCCGUUGCUGCUCUUCGCCCGCUUCAGUUGGCUAUUGCAGAGCUACUACUACGUCUUCAAGGGCUUCGCUUUCGGCAAAUACGACCCCGUGGAUCUCCCUAACGGCGAGAAGGUUGGCCUCAUCUUGCACUACAUUUGGAACGUGAUGCUGCCGAUCGUUACGGGCAUGUCGGUGGCUCAAGGUCUGGCCUUCUUUAUGCUGUCUCAGAUGUCGUGUGGCGCCUUCCUGGCUGCGGUCUUCAGUGUGGGCCACAACGGUAUGUCGGUGUACGAGCGUGAAGAGAAGCCCGACUUCUGGCAGCUGCAGGUCACCACUACGCGCAACAUCACGCCCGGAUUCUUCAUGGAUUGGUUCUGCGGCGGUCUCAACUACCAGAUCGAGCACCACUUGUUCCCUAUGAUGCCGCGUCACAACCUGCAGAAGGUUAACCCCCUGGUUAAAUCGCUGUGUAAGGAAUACGGCGUGCGUUUCCACGAGACGGGGUUCUACCGCGGUCUGGUUGAGGUCGUGGACGAACUGGCCGACAUCAGCAAGGAAUUCCUGCUCGAGUUCCCCGCCAUGUAACGUCGGAGCGAGGAAAGGAAGCAUGCAUGUUAUCGAUCUCUUGUACGAGGUUAUAUCCGUUUAGAUACCGCUUAAGUUGACGCUUGAACUGUAUCGAAACUGGUAUCCUCCUGCCUAACACAAAAUCACACCUAACAAGUUGUUAUCGAAACCAAAAACCUAUA